AUGCAAUGCAAAUAGUUAUAAAAUAAAGAUACGAAUGCAAUUACAUGAUUAAUUUUUAUAUAAAUGGAAUCCAAAAAUAUUUAAAACCACACUUACAUUUCAUUCGUAUCUUAUCAAGAAUCAUGUCAUUCAGAGUAUUUCUUUUUCUUAGCGUUGUAACUUUUGUAGCUGGAGGUGGUGACUGGCAUCCAAAACCAAAAACGACAACAACAACAGAAGAACCAACAACAACAACCACUGAGGAGCCGACAACACCAAUAUGGACAAUUCGUACAGUUUCCCCAACUCGUCCUCCACCAAAAUGUCCACCAAUUCUUCCACCAAUUCAACCAACAACUAAUUCAGUUUGUUGUGGACAAAAUGAAGUUUAUCUUCCACCACGAAUUGCACCAAAUUGUGAUGUAUAUUGCAAGGAUAUUGGAAAGAAAUGUCAAAUUAGAUAUGAUAGAGAUAGUAUCUUCGAACCACAUGGUUGUUAUUGUUUGCCAGGAUAUUGCCGAAAUAAAUAUGGCAAAUGUAUACCAUUUUGUGAUGCAUUUACUGAAUGUUUUUAA